UGUAGUUCGUACCGAAAACAUCGAGGCCGUUCAACAAACACCGUUCAACUUCCUUUCCACGACGAACAUUGCAACAUGCAAAAGAAACAGAAAGAACCCAUACAAUCAGUCCAAGUCUUCGGACGCAAAAAAAGCGCAACCGCGGUCGCUUACUGCAAACGAGGCCGUGGAAAUCUCCGGGUAAAUGGACGUCCCUUGGAAUUGGUUGAACCCCGAGUAUUGCAGUAUAAAUUACAAGAACCUAUUUUGUUACUCGGCAAAGAAAAGUUCUCUGGAGUUGAUAUUAGAGUAAGAGUAAAUGGUGGUGGUCAUGUAGCACAAAUUUAUGCUAUUCGCCAAGCUAUUUCGAAGGCCCUUGUGGCAUAUUAUCAAAAGUAUGUUGAUGAAGCAAGUAAAAAGGAAGUAAAAGAUAUUCUUAUUCAGUAUGACCGUACACUUUUAGUUGCCGAUCCAAGGCGGUGUGAACCAAAGAAAUUUGGUGGUCCAGGUGCAAGAGCACGAUACCAGAAAUCUUAUCGUUAACACCUGCAAAUUUCAUAUUAUACUGUAUUCAUAUAAUUGAAUAAAAAAAUGUAAAAAAAU